AUGAAAGUGGCAAGCAUCUUUCUCCUCACUGCCUUGGUUCUGAUGAGUUUAUCUGGUAACAGUGGAGCUAACAUCCUGGGAAGAGAGGCCAAGUGUACAAAUGAAGUGAACGGAUGUCCCAGGAUCUAUAACCCUGUCUGUGGGACAGAUGGAGUUACUUACGCUAAUGAAUGCUUGUUAUGUAUGGAAAAUAAGGAACGUCAGACUCCUGUCCUCAUUCAAAAAUCUGGGCCUUGCUGA